ACUAAAAACAAUACCAGAAACCAAACAGUUCAAUGUCACCGAGAUUUGGCUUGUUCACAGAAGUUAGAACCGAUUGUUAUAAAUUAGUACAAGAAGUCAUCCCUUUCGAUUAAACACAUAUAAAUAUAUAUUGCAGUGAUUUGAAUUGGAUACUUAGUUACUGGAUAAUCGGCCGGGGGGAAGAUGCGAGGACGACGAUGUGGAAGGAGAUCGGAGAUAGGGAAUUCGGGAAGCUUCGACCUAAUUUAUUCAGUAGUAGGAUUAAGUCCGGCAGAAAUUCCUCAAUUCAGCUUUCGAACCACAAGGAAAUCGUCUCUGCUCACCGCGGCGCCGUUAACUCUCUGCAGGUUGAUUUGACAGAGGGUCGAUACUUGUUGGCUGGUGCUGCAGAUUCUUCAGUUGCUGUUUACGAUGUUCAAUGUGCAUCGCAUGAGGGGAAUGGUCUUAUUGCUAGGCACAAGUCUCUCUUUGUUGUUGACAAGCAACAUGAACAUGGUCACAAAUACGCCAUAUCCUCAGUGACCUGGUAUCCUAUCGACACAGGGCUAUUUAUUACUGGUUCAUAUGAUCAUCACAUCAAUGUGUGGGAUACAAAUACCACACAGGUGGUAAUGGACUUUAAAAUGCCUGGAAAGGUUUAUAGGACUGCUAUGUCUUCAUUAGCAACCUCACAUAUGCUAAUUGCUGCCGGGACUGAAGAUGUUCAAGUACGCCUUUGUGAUAUUGCUUCAGGGGCAUUUGCUCACACUUUGUCUGGACACCGUGAUGGUGUAAUGUCAGUGGAGUGGUCUAGUUCAAGUGAGUGGAUUUUGAUAACUGGGGGAUGUGAUGGUGCAAUACGUUUCUGGGACAUCAGGCGAGCUGGAUGCUUCCAUGUGUUAGACCAGUCUCGCUCUCAGCUUGGGAGACGCCCUCCCCUCCUGGUUCGAUCCACUGCAAAUAAGGUUAUAACGUCUAAAUCUUCAUCCAUCAAUCCAAGUUCAUCAGUAAAGUCCCGGCCACCUCAAAGGAAAACUAAUAAUGGAAAUUCUUCAAAACAUGGUGGCCUUAAUAAGCAUUCCUCUCAACUUAAGGGUUCUGUGAAGCAGAGGUUGCAUCCUGGAAUGUUGUCCACUCAGGAUCGCGCUACUGCUCAUUAUGGUGCUGUUUUUGGUUUAAGAGCUACUGGGGAUGGGAUGUACCUUCUAAGUGCAGGUUCUGAUUCUAGGUUGAGGUUAUGGGACAUAGAAUCUGGGUGCAAUACGCUAGUUAAUUUUGAAAUCACGCGACUGCAAACAAGCAAGCCAUUACAGUUGGCCACAACUCAAGAUUCAGCACUUGUUUUUGUUCCAUGCAUGACAACUGCAAAAGCAUUUGAUAUGUGGUCAGGCAAGACGUUGAUGAAUUUUCGUGGCCAUUAUGAAAAUGUGAACUGUUGUUGGUAUAGUGCACAGGAUCAGGAACUGUACACUGGUGGUAAUGAUAGACAGAUUCUGGUUUGGUCUCCUUCUAAUUUUACCACUGGUGAAGUGGAUGAGUGGAGGAAGGGGCAGGGUGCUGCACUUGAUCAAGAUAAUUGGAGUGACUGAGAUUUGAUCCUGCCAAGGUUGACUUGUUCCAAGCUAAUCAGCAUCCAGCCGAGUGGUUGCUACCAAAGAUAAAUGACAACGGUGGUAGGUAUACAAGUACGUCUUGGUGCUGGCUGGGCCAGAACAGCAGAAAUAUUGAAAUAGAGACGAGGUGGUAGAUGGAACGUUUGUGGGGAUGGCCGUAUAGCGUGGCCGUCCUGGAGACUAGCAUUUAUGUGACCGCCGGCCUUGAGAGUGAACAAUCAAAAUGGUUUUGAAGUUUUUAUUUUAUUUUCUAA